UAGUCACAACAUUUUAACGUUUUGGCCGUUAUCAACGAUAUGUGAAACAAACAAGUUUCGAGACUAUUACCUUACCCCUGUAUCAACGACGUCGCGGAAGCAAUUCCUCCUCCAACGUGGCCUUUCCGGCUCUUCGCAGGUAACUAACCAGAGGCCGAUUCUUGCUCAUCCAACAACACUUGUAUUCUGUGCCACCUUAUAAUACAGUUAACGGCUGGAUUAUUCGAGCACGUUUUUUACCUUCACGUUGAUUCCGGGAAUCGCUAGCACGAUGGCUCAAACACCACAACAAAGGAGGGCGAAUGAGAAAUUUGCGAAACAUGAAGCUUCAAAACGCGGAAAACCGAAAACCACUACGACUAAGCACAGUCCAAAGCCCUCUCUGUCAACGGGCUGGGUCGCUCUUCUCGCCUUCGUUGUCUGCGGUGGUCUCGUCUUUGAACUAUUAAGAGUUGUUCCUGAAUUGUGGUCUACAACUAUCUCGUUCUUUAAUCGACUGUUGGCAUGAAGUCCCUCCAACGCUUCUUAAACAGAGCCGUCAAACGACAAAGUGUCGCAUCAGACCAUUUUUAAGCUAUUCAUAGGUUCAGUGACAUGACAGAAGCCACUUUAUAUCAUGAACAAUCACGCAAAUUAUUCUGGCUUCAAAUAAAGUCAGGCUAUAGCUAUGCUAGUCAGGGAUAUAAUCCCUCGGGGUGAGAAAGAAAGUGGCAUUCAUUAAACACGCGGGCCUUGUGUAUAUUCGUCCUACAAAUAUAAAACUAAUUAAUCCAGCCUG